GGGAGAGAGAGGGGAGGGAGCCGCUCCAAGCCCGGCUUGCGCACCCGGCCGGCGCUGAGCAGCGCCUGUGCCAAGAGCCGGCUUCCUUAAGGCCAUGGCUCGGGGGCCUGCCCGGCAGGCAGCGAGGAGCCGGCCAGCCGGGGCUGGGACGCGGAGCGGGGAAGCUGCGGCCCCCGGGGUCACCAUGGACAUAACCUACCUGCGCACAUCCCUGACCUUCCUUUUUAUCCCUCUUGUUGUGUUUGGGGCACCCACUGAUGAACCCAACCUCACAGAACCAGGCCCUGGUGCUUGCAAGCGCUGUUGUGACUCACUGGACUCUUCCACAGAUACCCCACCAGUCCCUCCCAGCCACCACCACUUCCCCUACCCAGUGCCAGAGGUCCGUCCCUACAUCAACAUCACCAUUCUGAAGGGAGAGAAAGGAGACCGGGGAGAGCCUGGGAUGCCAGGGAAAUGGGGCAAGGAAGGACCACGAGGCGAGCGGGGUGCCCAGGGCCAGAAAGGCAGCAAGGGACAGAUGGGCACGGCGGGAGACCCCUGCAAGCAUCAGUACGCUGCGUUCUCCGUGGGCCGCAAGAAAGCUCUGCACAGCAGCGAGGGCUUCCAGGUCCUGAUCUUUGACACCGUCUUUGUCAACCUCUACAGCCACUUCGACAUGUUCAAUGGCAAGUUCUACUGCUCAGUGGGGGGACUUUACUAUUUCAGCCUCAAUGUCCACACCUGGAACUUCAAGGAGACCUACAUGCACAUCAUGCACAAUGAAGAGGAGGCGGUCAUCCUGUAUGCCCAACCCAGCGACCGCAGCAUCAUGCAGAGCCAGAGCCUCAUGCUGGAGCUCCAGGAAAAUGAUGAGAUCUGGGUGAGGCUCUACAAGCGGGAGCGGGAGAAUGCCAUUUACAGUGAUGAUGUUGAUGUGUACAUCACCUUCAGCGGGUAUUUGGUCAAGCCCAGCAUUGAAUAACUCCUCUUCCUUAGGGCCUCUUAGGCCUUUUCCUUAUUCCUCUCUCUUCCUUUCUCUCUCUCUCUCUUUCUCUUUCUCUCUUUCUGCCCGUAACCACUGCAAACCACUUGGAAAUGGGCCUGUCAAAUCUCAGGCACCACACUGGCUCCCACCUCACGCUCUCUUGUAGCCAGACCUGUAUCUGUCCACUUUACAUCAUGGCACUACCACCUCUUGCCCCUCACCUCAUAACCCCAACUUAGGUUAUUGGCUUCUUCUCAAUCUGCCAGCAAGCUGCCUCUGGCAUUUAGGGUUCUAGAGCAAGAAGAAGCCAAAAUGCUGCUCCUGGGCCUGUGUCCCUCCUUGGGGCUUCAUACACAAAGGACUCCUGUGGAAAGGGCUAGAAAGUCCCCACUGCUGAGGUACAUCCUGGCUCCUCUCCAUCCCAACUAGACGUGUUUCAGUUUUGCAGCCUGAAGCAAGGUCUUGAUGUCACCUCUGAUAUCUGUAGUCUGGAGAGCAGACUGGGGUCUGAUGGUCUCCUGUAGCACAAGGAAGAUGUAGGAGCACUGGGAGAGGAUAUUGUCUUUUCAAAAGAAGAACACUUGGCCUUCUAAACUGGCUUUCCAUAGACACUCUUCUGCUCACAGAGUCCAGGCUGGCUGUCAAACCUAGGCCUGGUGGGAUUGUCCUCCUCUGUGCCAGCUCUAGCUCUUCAAAGGGAUGAAGGGCCAGACACCUGGCCAGACCCUUCAUGGGCAUGUGCCCAUGAUUCAGUAGAGGCAGCCGUUCUGUUCCCACUAGGGAUCACUAAUACAGAACAAGAGACAGAGAGAGAAAACCUUGAAAACCCCUCCCACACCUCCCCUGGGACGCUACUCAGUCUUGGCUCGUCAGCUAUGGGAAGCUAGUUCAGAGAGGGACCCCAAAUCUGCUCUCCUUUGGCAGAGGUGCCAUUUCAUUGUCCUCCUGAAGGUGGUUCUCCCACACUGGUAUUGAAGGACCACUGUUUCAGGGCCUGAGCUUGAGGCUGUAGGGGCAAUUGCGGUUCAGUCAAUCCCAAACGUGGAUAGGCUGCCACGUCUUUGCCUCUGUGAUGGUACAGAGAUAGAGGUGAGACAACAGCACCUUGCCCAAGGGUUAAAAGCUUCCCUGCCGUAUGCUCCAUGCCCUUUUCUGGCAAUCUCAUCAGAGUAACUGAGGAAAGCAUGUGGCUAAAACAAACCCUCGCUCUUUUUGUCAGGUUGGAGAUGUCGCAGUGAGAAAGGAAUGCCAGUGGUAGGGUUUUCUAGUACUAUUUAUAUUGGUCUCACACUGCUCCCACUGGCAUCCCUCUGGUGGGGAUGCUGCAGUCCUGGGGGAGCAGGUGAGGCUGGCUCAGCACUUUAGGAAACCUACUUCCACAUGUGAUGCUUCCAUAAACAGCAGUGCUAGGACUUGUCUCCUUUUUGAGUCUCAGGGCAGGACAAGCAGGAGAGACACAGGUAUUUCUCCCCUGCUCAUCACUGGUCAUGAAAUCUUCGGACUUACCCAGGUUCUGCUGUCUCAUUGAUGAGCCGUGGUCUCUGUCUGUAGCACCUGGGAGUUCCAGGGCUCUCCCAGAACAAAUGUGCAUCAUUAUACAAGAUUGUGUCUGGUACACACAGCCCAGGAUAGCAAAGGAACAGGGACCAAGGCUAAAUAUUAAAACUGACCUUGAAAAAAUUGCAGGGCAUUUUCUCUCUUAUCCUGUUUGCUUACUCUCCGUGCUUUUCUAAGGAAGCUGUACAGACUGCAGUGAGUUUCAGGAACUUUGCUCUGGAUCCUCCCCAGCAUUGUCAAUGAGGCAAUGGGUACAAAAACAAAGUUUCACUAAGGCAAGGCUGAUUUUUUCACAGGGAAACAUGUGAUGAAGGGAUCAUGGAAACUAAAGGAGGCUGGGGGUUUCUUCCUCUCCCUUGGCAGGUCAAGUGUGUGGAAUUGCUCGGAGACAGGAUUUCAGAUAGCAGAGGAAGCAGAAAGCUGGAAGUGAUGCUUGAGACUGAAUCCCUUUCUCUCUUCCUCAACAGGCUGCAGACCCAAAUAUAAUCAAUUUACAGUGUAUAGUGCCCCAUGCCUCCCUGAGGAGAAGCAAGCCUCUCUAACACUGAAUAUCUCCAUAAACAAGCUUCCUUCUUUCUCCUUUCCUAUUUGGUGAUUGAAUGCUGGUGACAGGUCUCCUGUGCUAUCCAUGAGCAGCCAGAGGGUGCCUGAUGCACGUGAGAGUGGAGGGCAGGGGGACCAAAGGGUAUGUUUAACAGGCUUCUGGUGCUAAACAAGAUGGCAUUCCCUUGGUGCUAAAUCAGAUUUCAGGAGUAUUGGGUGCUUUCUGGAAAGUGUAGUAGGCUGAGUUGUGAUGUACUCUGGAAUUAAUGGUGCUUUAUGUAACAAAACCAAACAAACUCCAAGAACUUUUGUAUAUAUAUUUUUUUUCAGUGGUAUUAAACUUUUUUCCUUGGUUGU